AGCUGAAUGCAUACAGCCAGGAAGUCAUUACCAUUCAUGGGGAAGUUGACCUCGUGCUGGAGCAGCUUCCCGAGUGGAUUACUGCUAAGCCAGCCAAGAAGAACCUGCUCACCAUGAUGGACGAGGCCUACAUCCAGCCAGAGCCCCUGGGGGUCGUCCUGAUUAUCGGGGCUUGGAACUACCCCUUCGUUCUCACCAUGCAGCCACUGAUAGGAGCCAUUGCUGCAGGAAAUGCUGUGAUUAUCAAGCCUUCUGAACUCAGUGAAAAUACAGCCAACAUGUUGGCUAAGCUCCUCCCCCAGUACUUGGACCGGGACCUGUAUGUUGUGGUGAAGGGUGGUGUUGAGGAAACCACCGAGCUCCUGAAGCAGCGGUUCGACCACAUUCUCUAUACUGGAAGCACUGCGGUGGGGAAGAUUGUCAUGGCGGCGGCUGCCAAGCACCUGACCCCUGUGACGCUGGAGCUGGGCGGGAAGAGUCCGUGCUACAUCGACAAAGAUUGUGACCUGGACGUCGCCUGCAGACGCAUAGCCUGGGGGAAGUACAUGAACUGCGGUCAAACCUGCAUCGCUCCCGACUACAUUCUCUGCGAACCAUCUCUCCAGAGUCAAAUCGUGCAGAAGAUUAAGGAAACCGUGAAGGAAUUUUAUGGAGAAAAUAUAAAAGAAUCUCCUGAUUAUGAAAGGAUCAUCAAUCUUCGUCACUUUAAGAGGCUCCUGAGUUUGCUCGAGGGACAGAAGAUCGCUUUUGGUGGGGAGACGGAUGAGGCCACGCGCUACAUCGCCCCAACAAUACUUACUGACGUUGAUCCUGAAACCAAGGUGAUGCAAGAAGAGAUUUUUGGACCAAUUCUUCCAAUAGUGCCUGUGAAGAAUGCAGAGGAAGCCAUAAAGUUCAUCAAUGACCGCGAAAAGCCAUUGGCUUUCUAUGUGUUUUCUCAUAACAACAAGCUCGUCCGGCGGAUGAUUGACUGCACGUCCAGCGGGGGUGUCACGGCCAACGACGUGAUCAUGCACUUCACGCUCAGCUCCCUGCCCUUCGGAGGCGUGGGUUCCAGUGGGAUGGGCGCUUAUCACGGAAAACACAGUUUCGAUACUUUUUCUCACCAGCGUCCCUGUUUAUUGAAAAGUUUAAAGAGAGAAAGUGCUAACAAACUCAGGUAUCCCCCCAACAGCCAGUCAAAGGUGGAUUGGGCAAAAUUCUUCAUUUUGAAACGAUUCAGCAAAGGAAAACUCGGUCUCCUGCUCCUCGCCGUCCUGGGCAUCGUGGCCGCCGUGCUGGUCAAGGCUCUGUACUACUGAAGAGUGGCCCUGCUCAGCCUCCUCGCUGCCCCACCGAAUCAUUCCUCUGUGAAGUAGUUCACGAAGCCAUAGGUUUAGCAUCCUACCAAA